AUGAGGGCCUUCAUUCUCCUGGCACUCUUCGCCCUUGCAUCUGCUGCCCCUGCACAGAGCGAGGAUGAUAAGAUAGUGGGGGGCAAGGAGUGCAGGAGGCACAGCGUGCCCCACCAGGUGUCUCUGAACCUCGGCUACCACUUCUGCGGGGGCUCCCUCAUCUCCACCCAAUGGGUCAUGUCUGCUGCUCACUGCUACCAGCCUCGUUUCCAGGUGCGUCUGGGUGAGCACAACAUCAAGUCCAACGAGGGCACCGAGCAGUUCAUCACCUCCGACAAAAUCGUCAAGCAUCCCAAGUACAACAGCGUGAGCCAGGACAACGACAUCAUGUUGAUCAAGCUGAGCAAGCCCGCCAAGCUGAACCAGUAUGUGGACACCGUGGCCCUCCCCUCCAGCUGCGCCAGCGCUGGCACCAUGUGCCUGGUCUCCGGAUGGGGCAACACCAGCGGAACUGACUACUACCCAAUCAAUCUGAGAUGCCUGGACAUCCCCAUCAUCAGUGACAGCACCUGUGCGGGCGCGUAUCCUGGCGGCCAGAUCACAGAGAAUAUGUUCUGCGCUGGCUACAUGGAGGGAGGCAAGGACUCUUGUCAGGGUGACUCUGGAGGACCUGUGGUGUGUGACAACGAGCUGCAGGGUGUUGUGUCCUGGGGCGGUGGCUGCGCCGUCAAGAACAAGCCAGGCGUCUACACCAAGGUGUGCAACUACAACUCCUGGAUCGCUGAAACGAUGGCCACAGUAUAA